GAGUAACGCCAAAUACUUCCUGGUGCAUACGUUUAUUGUCACAUGACAUUUUGUUUCACCAGUGGAAUGUAGACCAACCGAAAGCAGCAUUUUAUCAUAAACUGAUGUAACAUUAAAUGGAACUGUCAUCUCGGUGACAUGACAGCUUGUCAGGUUGUCACCACCAUGUCUCUCAGGGGCCACCGUACCUCCGUGUUCACAUUCCAGUCUGCGGUUCAUAGCUCCCACGUCCUGACUCGUCUCAACGACCAGAGACUGAGGGAUGUGUUGUGUGAUGUUACACUAGUGGCAGGUGGCAGGACGUUCAGGGCCCACUGCUCUGUACUGGCUUCCUGUAGUGACUACUUCCACAGCAGGAUCAUCAACCACACCAGCCCCAGCCUGGUGCUCACUCUUCCUGAUCAGGUAACAGCAGAGGGGUUUGCACCAUUGCUACAGUUCUGCUACACCUCUAAGCUGCUCUUCACCAAAGACAAUAUCGUGGCCAUCCACAGGUGUGCCGGGCUCCUGGGGUUUCACAACCUGGAGACUAGCUGCUUCGACUUCCUUCUGCCAAAGUUCCUGGAGGGUAGCGACAUUACAGCCCAGGAGGCAAGAAGAAGAAGAGGAGGUUGCUGUCAGGGCAGGUCCCAGAUCAGGUCCUCCAACCAGGGAAGAUUGCCUAGUGGCAGGUCCCCCAACCAGAGGAGGUCCCCCAGUGCCGAUUCAGCCCACUGUACAGGCUGUCAGUCCCAAAGCAGGACCCCUAACCAGAGCAUGUCCCCUAGCCAGGGCAUGUUGCCUAGUGGCAUGACCCCCAGCCAGGGCAUGUUGCCUAUUGGCAGUUUAGCCCACAAUACAGACACAAACAGAGACAGAGAUCAGCAGGUUAUACCUCAUCCCCAGAACACAGGCCCGGGCCAGACAACAGGAAGUGAUGUCAGGAACAUAGGAAGUGACUUCAGGGCACAGUGUUCAGAUGCCAACCCAAGUGGAACAAUGUCACCACAGUCACACCAGAGCUUAACAGUGCCUUCAGACGGAAACUUACAAAUAGACUUCCAGUCGUCAUCCCAAUGUUCAAAGACCCUGGCCUUGCUAGUCAACCCGGUCAGCAGUGCUCGGGAGCAGUUCUGUUUGCAGACCUGUGGCCCCAACAUGUCACCCUUAUCUCUCGGGGGACUGACGUCCUCCAGUGGUCUUGGUGUCUGUCCCAUCCUGGCCAUGCCGUGUCCUGGUGGUGUUGACCGUAAGCCAGAACCUGACACCGUGUUCAGCGAUAGAGACAUCCUAGGGAUGGAGGCAGCGGUGUGUCCGAUGGCGAUGGGUGAGGGGAGUCUGAGAGAUUGCCCACUCUCCUGUGAACUGCCGUCCCAUGACGAUGUGAGCCCAUCAGACCUUAUUGGGGCAGCGGUUGGAGAGAUGGAUAAUGACCAGCCUGCUGUUGGGAGUCUGAUGGCUGAUGAAGCUGGGUGUAACCCAGGUUCCUAUAGCACGUGCCCACUGAGAGGCUCAGCGGUGGUAGAGGAGGCUGAGCUACAGCUACCUGUAUUGGAUCUCCUGGCAAUACACAAAAGCCCUAGCUCAGAAAAUAGUGAGGGGGAGAGCCAUGGUGAAUGCCUUAUGCUCCCAAGGCCACGACGAUUAAGUCAAGUAGAUCAGCUACCUGUGUUAAUGCAGAGAGAGAACCCUGGUCUGGAUGGCAGCGUGGCUGUUGGGGGUCAUCUCCCUGACUCCGCCCUCACUGACCCCACCCUCUGUGGUUUUACCCCUGAUGGUAGGGGGUACGGACUUGGAGAGCGGAGCAGCGUGGAGAGGGAGGUGGCUGAACAUCUGGCCAAAGGUUUCUGGCCUGAUUUAUGCCCCUCACAGACUGAACCUCUCCCUAGUCUCUCUAAUCUGGACCCCAUGGAGCACAGAGGUCUGGGGAGAGUUCCUAAUCUGGACCCCCUGGAGCACGGAGGUCUGGGGAGAGUUCCUAAUCUGGACACCAUGGAGCACGGAGGUCUGGGGAGAGUUCCUAAUCUGGACACCAUGGAGCACGGAGGUCUGGGGAGAGUUCCUAAUCUGGACACCAUGGAGCACGGAGGUCUGGGGAGAGUUCCUAAUCUGGACACUAUGGACCACAGUGGUCUUGGAAAGGCUGCAGACUUCCCCUGGCAGCUAGACCUGAACUCAAAUCCAGCAGACUGUCCCUUCCUUAGAGACCUGGGGACAGGAGAGGCAGGGGAGAUGGAGGGGAUGGAAGAGGUAGGGGGGGUGGGGGAGAUGGGUAAGGUAGGACAGACAGGUGGGAUGGGUGGGGUGGAGGAGACAGGGGAGGCCCAGACCCCCGGGGGGAACCACAGCCUGUCCCAGUCUGAGAUGAGUCCCUACAUGUCAUCUGUUAACUCAGGAGAGGACUCAGACGGAGACCUGGACACAGACGGAGACACGGAGAGAGAGGCCAACAACAGGAGAGCACAAGAGGUUUGUCUGCCCUUCCCGGUGGUUCAGAUAUCGUCAGUGAGUCGUAGUGCCUUCCAGCAGCUCCUCAGAUGCCAGCAGCUGACCCACGAACAGCUGGAAUUCGUCCACGACGUCCGACGGCGCAGCAAGAACCGUGUGGCCGCCCAGCGCUGUCGCAAGAGGAAGCUAGAAGGCAUCAGUAAACUACAGACUGAGAUCGGCACACUGAGAGGAGAGAAGAAGAGGCUGCUGGAGGAACGGGGCCACCUGCAGAGGAACAUGGAGGAGACGUUACAGAGUCUGACAGGGCUGUGUCAGAGCGUCUGCAACGAGGCAGGGGUCUGUCAUGAGCAGGACCAGCUACAGCUCCUAGCCAAGCUCCAGUCUCCUGACGUCCCUGUCUCAGCCCUCCUCAACACUCUGGCCUCCCCCGGCCUCCCCCGGCCUCCCCCUGGGACUGAUGCCAGUUAGCUUAGAGCCCCGACCCCUGCCUAUACCACCAGCACCAGCACAGCCCUAGACCCAAUCACAGCCCCAACACUGCCUUAACCUGCCCUAGAGAACUGCCCCAAGGCUGCCCUGACCUUAACCUCCCUAGAGAACUGCCCCAAGGCUGCCCUGACCUUAACCUCCCUAGAGAACUGCCCCAAGGCUGCCCUGACCUUAACCUCCCUAGAGAACUGCCCCAAGGCUGCCCUGACCUUAACCUGCCCUAGAGAACUGUCCCAAGGCUGCCCUGACCUUAACCUCCCUAGAGAACUGUCCCAACCUACUCUAGAGAACUGCCCCAAGGCUGCCCUGACCUUAACCUCCCUAGAGAACUGUCCCAACCUACCCUAGAGAACUGCCCCGAGGCUGCCCUGACCUUAACCUCCCUAGAGAACUGCCCCAAGGCUGCCCUGACCUUAACCUCCCUAGAGAACUGCCCCAAGGCUGCUCCCAACCUACUCCAGAGAACUGCCCCAAGGCUGCCCUGACCUUAACCUCCCUAGAGAACUGUCCCAACCUACCCUAGAGAACUGCCCCAAGGCUGCCCUGACCUUAACCUCCCUAGAGAACUGCCCCAAGGCUGCCCUGACCUUAACCUCCCUAGAGAACUGCCCCAAGGCUGUCCCAACCUACUCCAGAGAACUGCCCCAAGGCUGCCCUGACCUUAACCUCCCUAGAGAACUGUCCCAACCUACUCUAGAGAACUGCCCCAUCCUGCCCUAGAGAACAGCCCCAAUGCUGCACCAACCUCAACCUACUAUAGAGAACUGCCCCAUGCUGCCCCAGAGAACUGCCCCAUGCUGCCCUAGAGAACUGCCCCAUGCUGCCCUAGAGAACUGCCCCAUGCUGCCCCAGAGAACUGCCCCAUCCUGCCCCAGAGAACUGCCCCAUCCUGCCCCAGAGAACUGCCCCAUCCUGCCCCAGAGAACUGCCCCAUCCUGCCCCAGAGAACUGCCCCAUGCUGCCCUAGAGAACUGCCCCAUCCUGCCCCAGAGAACUGCCCCAUCCUGCCCCAGAGAACUGCCCCAUCCUGCCCUAGAGAACUGCCUAGCGCUACAUAGCAACAUAUAAAUCCAGAGCCAUAUACUGUAUAGACUAUAGAUAAUCUAGAUCUGUUAUUGGAUAUAACUCUAUACUGUAUAGAUAAUCUAGAUCUGUUAUUGGAUAUAACUCUAUGCUGUAUAGAUAAUCUAGAUCUGUUAUUUUAUAUAACUCUAUACUGUAUAGAUAAUCUAGAUCUGUUAUUGGAUAUAACUCUAUACUGUAUAGAUAAUCUAGAUCUGUUAUUGGAUAUAACUCUAUGCUGUAUGGCUCAGAUGAACUCUCACUGUUAUUCACUGUCUCAGUGUAUGUCCCAAAUGGCACACUAUUCAGUGCCCUACUUUUGACCAAGAACCGUAGGGCUCUGGUCAAAAGGUAGUGCACUAGAUAAGGAUCAAAUCAAAUGUAUUUAUAUAGCCCUUCUUACAUCAGUUGAUAUCUCAAAGUGCUGUACAGAAACCCAGCCUAAAACCCCAAACAGCAAACAAUGCUGGUGUAGAAGCACGGAAAAGUCUAUUCAGUCUGAAAUAUGAAGUGGAGCAGAAUGACAUGAUUUUUUAAAUUGUAUUUAUUUUUUUAGACACUUUUGAAGGACUUGGUGUAUGAACCUAUAGACUUUAGCCCAGUGGGAUUACAACACAGUAUCGUGACAGCAGGAGACCUGGAUUCUAACCCUGGUCGGCGACGGUCACAAACACCUUUUUGAAGGAUUUACUGUAACGUUUUCAAGAUGCAUGUACCUUUUUUCCCCAUGAUAUUUAUUGUAACAGUAUGCAUACCUGUUAGGAUGUAGGAUGUGGACCUCUUUCUGACUACAUUUCCAUGUGCUUUUUAGCUGCCUUAACUGUACAGCAUAAUAUCCAUGCAAUUUAAAUGCAGUAUUUCUUACUUAACAUAAUAGCCAUUCAAUUUAAAUACAGUAUUUGUCAUUAGCAUAAUAGCCACUCAAUUUAGAUAGAAUAUUUCUUACUUAACAUAAUAGCUAUUCAAUUUAAAUACAGUAUUUGUCAUUAGCAUAAUAGCCGCUCAAUUUAAAUAAGUAAGAAAUAUUCUAACAUAAUAGCUAUUCAAUUUGAAUACAGUAUUUGUCAUUAGCAUAAUAGCCAUUCAAUUUAAAUAGUAUUUGUGAUUAGCAUAAUAUCCAUUCAAGUUAAAUUGAAUAUUUCUCACUUAACAUAAUAGCCAUUCAAUUUAAAUAGAAUAUUUCUCACUUAACAUAAUAGCUAUUCAAUUUGAAUACAGUAUUUGCCGCUAAAUUUGAGAUUCUCUUGAAGGUGCACAAUACCAAGCACAAAGCCAAGAGACUUGGACCAUCAUCUCUCUUGCAUGAAUUAAUUAAUUGAAUUCAUGAAUCUCAGGAAAACACUUAGCUCGUCUAUCUGUUCAGCCAUUCGUUCAUUCGCCCGUCCAUCAGUAGUUUUAUGCUAAUGAAGAUCAUGAAAGUUGUUGUCAUUUUGAUCAUUUUAACAAGUCAUCUAUUUGUUUUUAAGAGCAUUAAUUGAGACAUUUUAUUAUAAUAUCGAUAACAUGACAUUCUGUCUUGUCAAAUACAUAUAACGGUUUACAUUUCGGGAUCUGGUAUUAUAAAAUACAGUAUUGUAGGGUAGAAGGGAUCAAUGUGUACGUCCCAAAUUGACCACUGUUGCCUAUACGUAGGGCCCAUUGUAGUUUGCUAUAGACAAUAGGGUGCCAUUUGGGAUUUAGCUAAUGUGUAUAAUCUGCUACAUUACGUUCCUUACUGAUCUAUUGCAAACACUUGCACAUUCUUCACCUUGAGUGUAUUGAUUGUAGGCUUACAAUUAAUUGCUUAGUGUUUUGAAUUCAAAUUAGAUAUUUUGACGGCACCUUCAUUUCAAUAGGCGACAUGUUUUACUGUAGAUGGUAAAGCCUUCUAAUUUCCACAUUAAAGGUUUGUUAAUGAA